UUGGCCAGCUAUCACUCAUUUACUCUCUUUUUCUUUUUCAUUUUCUCACAGGCACAGCAAACACUCCUCUGUCACUCUCUCAUCAUUUUCAACCGGUGUACCUCCUUCACCACCAUCUCCACCAUCAAUUUUCCAGCAAGAUCAUCGGAAAAUCUUCAAUAACCUCUAAGCACCUUCAUAUAAUUUAUUUUAUUUGAGGUAUAAGUACAUUUGUAUUCUAUGACUCCUAAAAAGAAAGCACGCAAAGUAAGACAUGUAGAUGAGGUUGCAGCUCCAGAACACGACCCUAGGCAAUGCCAAAAGCGUGAGAGAUCUAUCACUCUUGAUGGUAGUGAGAUUGGUAAGGUGGCAGACAGAAUCUAUGCUAGGAUUGCUAGAGCAGUUCAGGGUGGUGAGCAUAAGAGGGAGGGUUGUUCUUUUGGGGAUUUCCGUAAGCAAAACCCUCCAACUUUUAAUGGUGAAUCUAAUCCAAAGGCAACAGAGAAUUGGGUGCUAAAGAUGGAAAAGUUAUUGAGAGCCCUUGAAUGCACUGAUGCUCAAAAGGUGGUGUAUGCUACUUUUGCUCUUCGAGAUUCUGCUGAGAGAUGGUGGACAAGCACUGAGCACUUGUUGAGGAUGGAGUUGGGAGAGGACACUCCUAUUACUUGGGAGAAGUUUAAGGAACUCUUUAAUGAGACUUAUUUUCAUGAUGUAGUUAGGGAUCGAGAGGAGAGAGAAUUUUCUGAUUUGGUUUAAGGGUCUAUGACUGUGGAAGAAUAUGCUGCAAAGUUUGUUGAGCUCUCCCGCUUUACUCCCUAUUUAAUUCCAAAUGAGCCUAAGAAAGUAAGGAAGUUUCAGAAAGGUCUUAAUGAUAAGAUUCGCCCUUACAUUAUAGCCUCUGGAGUGGGUACUUUUACUGAGACUGUGAAGCAGGCAAUAAGUCUUGAAAAGGACUUUAAGUGCAACCUCGAUUCUAGGGAGGAUGGAAAGAAGCAAGAACCCUCUGGUUUUCAACAUGGAGAGGAUCAGGGGAAAAAUUUCAAGAAGGGGCUGCUUAAGAAGUCUAGUAAUAGGGGUCAUUCUUAUGGGCAAAACAAGGGUGCCUUGCCUCAUUCAAGUGAAAAGAAGCUUUGCUCCCAUUGUGAUAGAUUUCAUAAUGGUCAUGCUUGUGGUGGAGUUAAGUUGUGCUACAGUUGUAAUCAACCUGGUCACUUUGCUAGAGAAUGCCCAAUUGCUAAGGGCUCAGGUCCCUCUUCUUUGCCUCAGACUGUUAUGGGUAAUAACAAUGGGAAGAAGGUGCAAGGUAGAAUGUAUGCAUCGGUUUCUCAAGAUUUUUAGGCCACGGACAUUGUGGUGACAGGUAUAGUUUCUUUGCUCUCCACACAUGCUAGAGUUUUUUUGAUCUUGGUUCUACACAUUCUUUGUUUCUAAUGCCUUACUAAAAGUUGUGAUAAGAGCCUAGAACUCCUUGAUUUUAAGUUAUUAGCUUCUACCCCAAUGGGUGAUAUUUUAUGGAAUAAUCUCUUGCUCAAGUCUUGUAUCUUUUUAUCGAAGGUAGAGAGUUAUUGGCUAAAAUAGUGUUGCUAGAUAGGCAUGAUUUUUUUAUGUUAUCCUAGGCAUGGAUCGGUUGGCUUCUUAUCGUGCUUGUAUGCAUUUUUAGGAAGAAUGAUGAAUUUAUGAGGUUAUGUACCAACUACUAUGAUCUAAAUUGAGUUACCAUUAAGAGUAAGUAUCCUUUGCCUUGCAGUGAUGACUUGUUUAACUAAUGGCAAAGACAACAAGUAUUUUCUAAAAUUGAUCUUGUUUUGGUUGCCGAUAGUUGAAAAUUUAAGGCAUGCAUACCAAAGGUGGCCUUUUGGACUAGGUAUAUUAUGAGUUCUUAAUGAUGCUGCUUGGAUUAGCUAAUGCCCCUACUACCUUUAUGGAUUUGAUGAAUGUGGCAUUUCAUGAUUACUUGGAUCACUUUGUCAUUGUGUUCAUUGAUGAUAUUUUGAUUUAUUCUAAGAGCCAAGAAAAGCAGGAAGAACACUUUAAGGAUUGUUUUACAAAUUCUAAGAGAAAAUAAAUUGUUUGCUACAUUGAGGAAAUAUGAAUUCUAGUGGAAUCAAAUAGCAUUGUUAGGUUAUGUGAUCGCUAAAGAUGGAAUUACAUUGGAUCUUGGAAGGAUAUAAUUUUUACGAGAAAGAUUACCCCACAUGACUUGGAGUUGGCUACAGUUGUGUUGCGUUGAAAAUUUGGAGACGUUAUUUGUACAAGAGAGACAUGAGAUUUUUAUGGUUCAUAAAAUUUUAGAGUAUUUCUUUAACCGGAAUAAGCUAAAUAAGAGAUAACGGUGAUGACUUUAAUUUUUUAAGGACUAUGAUUUCUCUAUUAACAAUCAUCCCCGUAAGGCUAUGUGUUGGUGCACUUGGUAGAAAGUCUCUGGAUAUUUUUCAGCUGCUUUGUAUACCACUCAGAGGGAAAUCAUUAUUGAUUUAGAAAGGUUGGGAGUUGAGGUUGUAUAGGCCAUUCAGAGACCUACUUGGAUAAUUGAGAGUUCAAUCAACUCUAGUAAAGAGAAUGAAAUUGUUGCAAGGCAGUGACUCUCAAUUGAUAUGGAUAAGGUGCAUAAGGUAAAGAGACCUAAGUUUAAUAUGUACAAUUUUGAGGACGAAAUUUUUAUAAGAGGGGAAGAAUGUAACGCCCUAGUAAAAAAGAACAAAAAAAUGGAAGUAAGAUUUUUUGGUAUCCCACGUGCCCCACCUACCCCUCUAUCUCCUACCACUUAUUCUCACAAAUAUCCCUCACUCUCUUUGGCCGGCUACACUCAUUAUCUAAGCUUUGAUAAUGAUACCCAUGUGAUUUAUGAGUUUUGGAAGUGAUAUUCAUGUGUUUAUAUGUAUGGAUUUUGUGUUGGUGGAAUUAUUUGAUGAGUGAGUUUAUAGUUUUUACAAUGGUGGCUAUCUAAGUGAUGAAGAUUUGGGGGUUUUGGCUUUUUAAUGUGAAAUAAAUGGUGAAUAUAAUUUUUAUUGAUUAUUUGGAGCUAGUUAAAAAUUCUAAUUGUUUGUCCUGGAGAAUAUUAUAAUUUUCGUGUCAUGGGUUUCUUGAUGAUAUUAUAUAAAUCUUGUAGGAACUACUAAGUGUUGAUGUUUUGAUGUUAGAGAUAAUACCUUGAAUGAUUUAUGAGUAUAAAUUGGAGUCCAUGCCAUGUAUUAUAUAUUGUUGAGAAACUUUGGAUGUGGAAUACAUUAUUUGUGAUGCUAAAUACUAGGCUUGUCUAAUUAAGUGCUUAUUUGGCAAUUCCUAAUUUGUAAUUAGAUACAAUUUCAAGCUUUAUGCAUAUUGUGAUAGGUUUGCUUGGUAU